UCUCUAAACUCAUCCGCUUGACAUUGACGAACAGGUAUAAGCGCAGUCCCUGCACUGUUCAAUCCAGAUUAACGAUAAUUCAAUUCGGCGAUUCACUUUUUUAUCACCUUGAAUGGUUUUAAUACAGUUUGGAUUGUUGCACACACAACAUUUUACCACAAUGUUGAGAUUUUAAACUCCGAUAGCUUUAAAUGACUUAUAUAUAGCUGCAUAGGCAGAACGUGCAAUACCUUAUUCCGGUCGCUCUGAGAUCUACAGAAACCGAAUGGUCCGUGUUCAUGAACACAUAUAUUCCUCAAGAGAAAAUAUUAUAUAUACAAAAAAAAAAAAAAAAAUUCAUGUGACAGGGCGGGGCACUGUAGGGGAAGUAAAAUGUUAUAUGGAAAUAAAGUUGCCCUGGAUUCAGACAGCAGAAAAUUCCAAUAAGUCCAGAUAACGGACAUAUACUACAUUGAAUUUACAAAAACGAACAACCCUUACUGAGGACGACUUAACCCCCCCCCCCUCCGUUUACUUGUGGGGCACCCCAUUCUUCUGAUAGUGCGAGUAUCUAUGUCUACCGGAGAUGGUGGUCAUACGAGAGCAGAGGAAGUGUGUAGAGUAACUAAGGAAAUCUAAACAUGUUGGUUCGUCAUCAGAAUUGCACCAGAAGUAACACUGGGGUGGUAAGUGUACCGGCAUCUCAUGAUCAGCCCCUGCUAAACACCCCGGACUUUAUAUACCAGGAUACUGGAACUUCUGACCCCGUCGCUUUAGAUUACGAUCGCUUGGUGUCCAAUGUAGAGUGUAAAAUCAUGAACGACCAGGACUCGAACCGUACCCAGUACGACCCGGCCUACCUUUUAUACAAGAGUAACCCGGCUCUCUUCGAGAAUAUCCCAGACUUCACAAACCCUCGAAACGUAUACUCACUGAUCAGCAAAAGACGCGCUAAAUCUCACGAUGACGUAUCGAUGUUAUCAAAGUCUGUAGACUCCACGACGACAGGCCUCCCGCGCAUCACUCGAACGACGAGCAUGCGCGAGUUACAUCAUGCUGCGGGAAUUCGUACCGUGUCUAGGAAAGGUCGUCACCACAGUAGUCAAAAUCUCAGUUCUCUGACUCUUAAGGAAAGGAAAGAUCCCAGUAUUACUGCACUCUUCAUUAACGCCCCCUAUCUUAACCUCAAAGACCUAGGGCACCUACCGGAAGUAGACACACAUAGAACGACACGAACUGUGUUUCCCACAAUAUCAUCAAAAAACAUUAAACAGAGCAAAGUUCCAGCGUUCAGUAUAUCUGGUGAAGAUAAAAGUUUCUCUCUACCAAGGAUCAGGUCUGAUCUGGGAGAACCCUUAGCAUACGGUACUCACGGGGAAGAGCGCGCUCACGUCAUUAAAAAGCGGAUCAUUCUUCAAGAUGGUAGUACAUCUGUGAUAGUGGAAAAUAAACUCGACAAAUGGUUCUCAGAAAUGCCCCCAGACGUAAAAGAGAAAGCCGACAAAGUGACAACAGAGGAAUCCGCGAAUCAGAGCGACAACCAGACUGUCCAGCAGACGAUGUCCAGGAAAUGUCCAAAGGAGCGCGUGCAAUUACCCGUCCUCAAGCCACUCAACACUAUACCCAAUCAGUUUCUGGAACUACGAGAAAAUGUGUCGAGGCCUGUAAAACGUGACGUAAUAAUCGACAGAGAACAAUACAAGUUAAAGCAGCGUUCCAUGCUGCAACUGAAAAUGUUAGACGUGGACGAGAACGCGCGAUCGGAGCGUCACAGGACACAAACGGAAACGGAGGUGUGUAUGUAUCAAUACGACGCUGACAGAUUCCAUCCCCAGGAACCGAAAACUACGCUGAAAGACCUCAUUAACGCCAAGAAACAGGAUGGCGACGGGAUUAAAACUGUCAGCAUUGACGAGUUCGCCGUGGAGGCUUAUGACAUUCACCCAAACGAGAAGUUUAACUUUGCGAAGCAAAUCGAGGACAAUCACGUUUGCCCAUCUGUACUCUCGAGAGCGCGGACGUCAGUUGAUUUCACUGUUACCAGACACAGAAACAGUCACAUAUCGUCCUUCAGUGAGGACAGGAUGAGACCAUACCGAAGUGAGCGGACUUGGCAUUCAGCCAAACUCAGUGAGCAGCCGCUUAACCGAACACUCACAGUAGUAAAAAUUGAGAAACCGACAGAAGACAGCACUGACGACCAGACUGUCCCAGAGAGCAGACAACCAACGCCUUCAGGUACACAAUCUUCAGUGAGUACAAAAGAUGGACGAAGUGCCAGACCACCUACAAGAGACUCGUACCAAGAAUGCAACAAAUCAGGUGUCAAGCGAGAAGUUUUGAAGUUCAAAAAACUUAAUGUAUUUGGAGAUGACUCUUCCCACACGUCAGGUCACACGGCAGUGUCCGGCAAGCCCCUAGUGAAGUUUGACCUGCGUCGUCCGAUCCCGGGGUGGCAAAGAUCCUCGGAAUUUACACCCCAUCCUCCGAUUCCAUGGGUUCAACGUAAUCUCAAAACGGAACUUCCGGCCACGACUUUUCAGUUCUCCACUGGCGAAGUCGUCAUCUCCAGAAACACAGCAAAUGCUGUAAGUCCACCACGUGACCAUCAACGUCACAGCUUCUAUCCAAAGCGAGGUGCGAUUAAACCCUCGAAUUCAACCACACCCUCUCUCCCACGUUCCGAUUCAUUAACGUCUGCAGGUGAGCGGACGAAUCAGCCGCCGGCGAAAUCCGCCUUAGAUGAUGCUUCAUCCGACUAUACCAUGACACCUGACUUCCGGAACAUCUCAGAGUUUAACCUAACCGGGAGAGGUCGACCACGGGGGCGGUUAUGGGACUUCGAUGGUGAUAUUCCGCACCCUGAGAGUCUUCUGGGUUCAAGGAAAAACACGAUCGAAGAAAUUCCUGAGGAGACGAUGGACCAACUGUCUCCCGAUCCUCCCGUAAACGAACCACCGAGAGAGAUUCCGAAGCUCUCCACUGAAGACGAACGGAUGAAAUCUCCCUCCGUAAACGAACCAUUGAGAGAGACUCCGAAGCUCAUCCCCACUGACGACGCACGGGUGAAAUCUCCCGUAAACGAACCAUCGAGGGAAACUCUGAAGCUCAUCCCCACUGACGACGCACGGGUGGAAUCUCCUUCAAAACACAGUUCCAACACCACGCCACUGGAUGAACUUCCUUCUCCUUCCCAAUUACAGCUGCAGACGGAGACAAUAAAAAUGGGUAUACAAACCGAGAAUAAGAUCUCAUGCGAGUCACCAAUGAAAAAUCAUGACGUAAAGGAGAGCAACGAACAAGUUGUUCCUUUAGCAGCAACAGCAAAUAAGGAAGUAAAUGGAGAAGAAGUGAAAGCGGAAGUAAAUGAGGAUACCACAGAUAAAUCCGAACUGGUGGUGGUUCUAAAGAAAACUAAAAGGGACGUUGCUACUUCCGCGUCCUCCCUAAUUGAAGCGAACGCCAAACGUCAAGCGGCCUCCAGUAAAAAUACAGACCAUUCUAACGACUCCGUCACUCAAGUUUUCGGAAACUGAGCUUACAUGUAGCAGACCGGAAGUGAGAAUGUCGACAUAAGGGAUAUAUGCCGCCACUCAUGUCUGAAUUUAAUUCCAUGUACCGGGUAUUGGUUGUAGCAUUGAAUAUGAAUAAAAUUUAUAUAGAAGACAAAAGUUCACGGCGAACCACAUUUUAUAAGCACGGAAACGGAAGUGGUUACAUAUUACCGUGCCUGAGUUCAUUUGUACACACGUGACCUCAGUUUAUAUUUCCAUUUUUACUGUAAGUGUACAUAUUUUAAUUUAGAUGAAUAUUUCAGAACCCUUGUAUUUUUCUUAUAAUUAUUAUUCAAAUGUCAGUAUUUGAUGUCAGUAUUAUAUCGACUUGCAAGCAUUACCAAUCAUCGUCAGUAUUUGCAAUCACGUGAUAACUUACCUCCACGGUGGAUAUUGUGUUGUUCUGUUUUCUUUCUGAUUGGUGCAAAAGUUGUCGUUAAAUAAAUUAUUUAUUAAACAGUUAAUUAACUUUA